AAAAAAAAAAUAAAAAAAAAUAAAAAAAAAGAAAAGGAAAAAGUGUGUCGGGUCUGUGUCCGUCUUAUCCCAUUCCCAUCUUCUUCUUCUACUGCUUUCAUCGACUUCUUCUUCUUCCACAGCCUCACACAUUUAUAGCCAUUCGUUUUCGCCCUACCACUACAGAGAAGACCGUGCAUAGUCAACGAGUCCCAAUUACGAUUCCGAUUGCGAUUUGGAUUUGCAGAUUCCAGCUUGGAGUGAAAGGAGGGUUUGUUGUAUUAGGGUUUCGGUGAUGCUGUGAUUCGAUUUUGUUCGAUGAUUCGUGGCCUUUUCGUUGCUUGAAGAAUGAAGAGUGUACGUGAUUGGUUUUUUUCUCAGCUGGUGUCCAAAUCAUUGGUCUCAUCUAGACCGUUGUCAGUAAGUGACAGUUUCUUUAAUGAGGAACCUCUUGAUAAAGACUUAGAUGACCAAGGUGCAACUGAAACAGCCAGUUUGGUUGCAAUGCCUGCCACUCGUUGUACAUUGCAGUCUUCUGAUGGUAAUCAGGAAAGUCAGCCACAACCCUCUAACCACGAAGUUGUAGUUGAUUAUUCUGACCAAAAUUAUCAUGUCUCUAAUGGUGUAAAGAUGGAUCCACUGGUAAAGAUUGAGAAUAUUCAAGUGAAGUUCUUUCGAAUUCUCCAGCGGCUUGGACUGUCACAAGACAAUCUUCUGGUGGCAAAGGUUUUGUAUCGAAUUCAUCUAGCAACUUUGGUACAAGCAAAGGAAUCAGAUCUGAAAAGAAUUAAUCAGAGUAAUGAUAGAGCAAGAGUUGUAGCAGCAGAACAAGAAGCAGCUGGCUUGCCUGAUUUGGAUUUCUCUAUUAGAAUACUUGUUCUUGGAAGAUCAGGGGUUGGUAAGAGUGCUACGAUAAACUCUAUUUUUGAUCAAACUAAAACAACAACAGAUGCUUUUCGUCCUGCCACUGAUUGCAUUCGGGAAGUUGUUGGAACUGUUGAUGGGAUUAGGAUAAACAUCAUUGAUACUCCUGGAUUUUUGCCUUCAUCUUCUCAUAAUGUGAAAAGAAAUAAGAAGAUUAUGCUUUCUGUCAAGAGAUUCAUAAGAAAAUCUCCACCUGAUGUGGUUUUGUACUUUGAACGCCUAGAUCUGAUCAGUAUGGGUUGUAUUGACUUUCCUCUUUUGAAACUUAUUACUGAAGUUUUUGGUGCUGCAAUUUGGUUUAACACCAUCCUUGUCAUGACUCAUUCUUCCUCAGUUCUUCCAGAAGGAUCUGAUGGGUUUCCUGUUACCUAUGAUUCCUAUGUGACCCAUUGUGCACAUCUGGUGCAGCACUGUAUACACCAGGCAGUCUCUGACUCGAGAAUUGAAAACCCAGUGAUUUUAGUUGAAAACCAUCCUCUUUGUAAGAAAAAUAGAAUGGGGGAAAAAAUUCUCCCUAAUGGACAGGUUUGGAAAUCUCAGUUUUUGCUAUUAUGCAUUUGUACUAAAGUUCUUAGUGAUGCCAAUGACCUCUUUAAAUUGCAAAACAGCAUUGAAUUGGGGCCAUUGGCUACUACUCGACUGCCUUCUCAACCCCAUCUUCUCUCAUCCCUUCUACGGCACCGUGCUCCCGUGAAUGCAAGUGCACUGGACAAUGAAAUUAUUGAAAGCUUACUCUCAGAUGUAGAGGAAGAUGAUGAGUAUGACCAAUUGCCUCCGAUACGCAUCCUUAAAAAAACCCAAUUUGAGAGCUUAACCAAGGCACAGAAGAAGGAGUAUCUUGAUGAGCUGGAUUACCGAGAGACCCUUUAUUUGAAGAAACAGUUGAAGGAAGAGUAUCGAAGGCAAAGGGAAAGGAGGCUUUCUGAAGGAGAAAAUUUGGCUAGUGAUGGUAAUUUUGAUGGCCAGCAGGACUCUCCAGAAGCUGUUUUGUUACCUGAUAUGGCAGUUCCCCUUAGUUUUGACUCAAACUGCCCUGUGCAUAGAUAUCGUUGUCUUCUGACAAGUGACCAGUGGCUUGUGAGACCUGUUCUUGAUCCCCAAGGAUGGGAUCAUGAUGUUGGCUUCGAUGGAAUAAGCAUUGAAACUGCUGCAGAAGUAAACACGAAUGUCUUUGCCUCAGCCACUGGUCAGAUGAGCAAGGACAAGCAGGAGUUUAGUAUUCAAUCCGAGUGUGUGGCAGCUUAUUCAAAUCCUGGAGGAACUACUUAUUCUGUGGGACUUGAUGUUCAGUCUGCUGGUAAAAAUUUGAUCUAUACACUUCAUGCUGACACAAAACUAAGGAAACUCUGGCACAACAUUGCUGACUGUGGUGUUUCUUUGACAUCAUUUGGUAACAAGUAUUACAUUGGUGCCAAGGUUGAAGAUUCUAUAUCAAUUGGGAAGCAACUGAAAUUUGUAGCAAAUGCUGGCCGGAUGGGAGGUCCAGAACAGGUGGCAUAUGGUGGAAGCUUGGAAGCUAUUUUAAGGGGUAGAGACUACCCUGUCAAAAAUGACAAUGUGAGUCUGACAAUGACUGUCAUGUCCCAUAAUAAAGAGACAGUGUUGGGUGGAAGUUUACAAUCUGAGUUCCAGCUAAGUCGAAACUUGAGAAUGUCUGUUAAUGCCAAUCUGAAUAAUCGCAAAAUGGGGCAGAUUUGCAUCAAAACAAGUAGUUCUGAGCAUUUGCAAAUUGCUCUGAUAGUUGCUUUUACAAUUUUCAAAGGCCUUUUGCGUAGAAAAUCAACCGAUAGGUCAAGUCCGGAAGCAUCAGAAAGCAGAUAAUCUGUUGUUUUUUGUUUCUUGAUAUUUAUGUUGAGGAAGGACACAAGCAACCAGAACUAAGACAUGGUUCUUUCAAGUGGUGUAGAGGGAAAAAUGAAGGUAAGAAAUUUUCAGAUCAUUCCGAAUUUUCUUUCAUUCCUAUCAUGUUUGAGAUGUGAUAUUUCUUCAUGUUAGGUUUGGUGGAAAAUGUCACCAAGUGGUAUAUGAUAUCCGCUGCUCCCGGAUGACCUUGAAUUUCUAAUAGAUAGAGCCCAAUCGAACUCCCCGGUUUUUGUGGGAUUCGACGGACAGCCAGCUUGCUUCUGGUGCAGAGUUUUUUUGUAUUUGGAGUAAAUUGAGGUGGUGAGUGUACAGGAAAAAGAUAUUUGAAAUGUUGUUGGAUGGUAAAAGCUUAUAAAGCUAUACUCAUAUUUUAUCUAUUCAUUCAGUUUAGCAUCAUUCACAAAUUGAUAUAGGCUUUGGUUGUCUUUAUAAAAGGAAGAGAAAACGGUGAACAGCUUUGAUUUUCCGCUACUAGUUCAGAAAGUGGAUGUACAUGCAUGGAAGUGUAACGAUUAAUUAAUUGAGAAACAGAUCUCAUCUAUCA